AUGCCGUUUCUCAGCAAUGGUCCCGACUCAUCUUUGGAGUCCGAUAGGGCCUCUGAUGCAUUUGAAAAGCUUGUGGAGGACCUCAGUGCGGCCUUGGGUCGAAGCUCCGGUCUCGAUGCCGAUGAUGUUGACCCUAUGAACAUUCAAUUAUUAAUGGAGAGAUAUAUUUCCAAGCCAUCAGAAUGGGAAUCAUAUGCUCUAGGUGAUGCCACUCGGUCUUACACAAGAAAUCUCAUUGAUGAAGGAAAUGGCAAGAGUAACCUGCUUAUUCUUGUGUGGUCUCCGAAGAAGGGAAGCGCAAUUCAUGACCACGCCAACGCACACUGUGUUAUGAAGAUCCUCAAAGGGAAACUCCAAGAAACGCUUUACUCUUGGCCAGACAGAGAAAAGAUCGAAAGUGGGCAAACGUCUCCACCACAGGUCACCCGGCAGACAAUCUACGGCGAGAACCAAGUUACUUACAUGUCGGACAAGCUCGGUAUUCACAGGAUUUCCAACCCAGACCCUCAUGAGUUUGCAAUCUCACUCCAUCUCUAUACACCCCCUAAUGCUGCAAUCCGUGGCUUCUGCCUCUUUGACGAGAAAAACGGCAAAGCGAAGCACAUCAAGCAAACCAACUACUAUUCGGUUCGUGGAAAGCGGCUCGACGAUGGACUUUGUCAGUAG